AUAAAAAACAGAUUUACUGUGACUUCUGCAGAAAAUAUUCUUUGGUUAAUCAAUUUAACCCCUCAAAGUGCAGGGUUUUCAAUUUUGAAGGAGAAUAAUUCAGAGAGGAGGAAGGUCGAGUACGGUGUCCCACAAGGUUCGCGUCUGGAUGUUUCUUGCUUCGACUGGGUCCUGCGGUGUGCUCUUCUCUCGGGCAUGGUGCUCGUCUGUUACUGCGACCACACCUAUGUCUUAUUCCGAGAGAAGACCUUCGAGGAGGCUGCGCGGCUGGCUGAGGUGGGAGCAUCCCUCAUUGUCAGCCGCAUAGAGUGGCUUGGGUUUCGGGUACGCCUAAGCAAGCCCGAAACCGCGAAACUCUUCCGCGGACCCGGGAGGAGAGGUCCCCCACCCGGAGCAAGACUCCUUUUUAGAGAGAUAGAGGUCAGGAUGAGUCCGACGCUUAAAUGUCUUGGACUCAUCCUGGACAGGAGGUGGACCUUCGGCCCACAUUUCCAACAGUUGGGACCGAAGGUCGAGAGGGCGGCGUCAGCGCUGGGCCAGCCUCUGCCUAAUAUAGGAGGGCCCAGCAAAGCCUGCAAGCGGCUAUAUUCCGGAGUCUGUCGGAGUAUAGCCCUGUACGGUGCCCUAAUUUGGGCAGAUUCCCUCACCGCUCUUAUCUUCUGGACUGCACACUUCAUUCUUCUGUUCUACAUAUUUUUCCUGAGUAACGUCGUGAUGGAGAUAAGAGGGGCUUAUAAUGUGAGAGACAUAAUAAAGGCCAAUACUAUACUAUCGGUUAUUAUCAUGAUACUCAGUACUGACUACUGGUUCCUGACUAAGAGGAAGCUUCUAGUAUCAACGCUAGACAAGUUACUUGCUGUGGACGCCAUGUCUCAGGAGAGUGAGGCUUUUCGGGAGAAUCACACGAAGUUUUUGACCUACGUGAAGCGUGUGGUAGUGGUAUUUUACACCGUGAAUUUCCUCAACACAACCUUCGUGUAUUUUCCUCAACGUAUCAACUUCACCAGCGCGUUUUCCACGUUCAACCAGUGUCCAGGAAUCGACGCCAGUGCUGGAAUUACCCGCCAUGUUUGUCGAGCCAUCGCGCUAUCUCAGGAUCUCACUAUAGUCGUAGUGGUAAUGAACUACCAGGCUCUACUGAUAUUUACCAUCGCCCAUACAACCUGCAUGUACAGAAUGAUCGCAAAAGAGAUGGCCGAUCUUAAAAACAGAAGAGAUAUCAAAGAACGCCUGCCCGGCUUGAUUAAACGUCACGGACUUCUCAUGGAUAUUAUUAGGCGUUUGAGAUCGUUAUACAACAUGCCGAUAGGUAUAAACUUCGGCACGAACGCGUACUGUAUCUGCCUGUAUUUCUCCCUGCCUUUAGACCAAAUCAAUUCUUUCAUACCAGUGCUGUGUUAUAACAUUCUUGUGUUUUUCCUGUACUGCUAUUUGUGUCAGAAGUUGAUAGAUUCGUCGAUCGCUUUCGAGCAAGCCGUCUACGAUUGUGGCUGGGAGAGCUAUGAUUUGGCUGACAUGAAGACGGUGUAUAUCGUUCUGAAAUUAGCCCAAAAACCGGUGUCAUUAUCAGCGGCUGACAUGGUGCCAGUCAACAUCUAUACUUUUGCUACAGCUGCCGAAUUUAUGUUUAAGCUUAUAACUGUUCUUAAGUUUUAG